UUUCAGGCUCAGAGAUGUAGGGACUGAACCAAGACCGGCGGGGAGAGGCCCGCUACUGUGUGUGUGAGUGUGUGAGCUUCUUGGGCCGUGCGACCUUCAGCAGAGUAGCAACUCACGAUAUACUCUGUCUUGCCUGCGUGCUCUGAGUCGUGUUUGCAGUCACCAGCAUGGAGACUUCCCCGAUAUUGCAGGGACAUGAGUAAGGGCCACAACGGGCUCUAUGAUGUUAUAAAACUCCUGCUUGCAGACUGCCUUCAGUUCCCAACGCAACCACGAUGCAAGCCCAGAGUGGCUCUGCAUUUCAUGCUGGCAUCGAGUUUCAACUUGCUACUCUCCGCAACCUCCCAACUCCAAUACUUGUCCUAUCUCCACUGCGCGUCAUUAUCUUCGCGAACCGUGGUGGCCAGAGAGUUCUUGGAAGUACCGAUCCUACUCGGUCUCCUGAACUUGGCAUUGCUGGCAAAACCCCAACUGAACUCGGAAUCAAGCUGCUGUAUAAUCGACAAUGGAAUGUGGUGCUGGACAAAUUCCUUUCCGAGCAGAAGAGUGCCAGAUCCGAAGGAAAAGGUAUAAAUGAGGAUGCGAUUCAUGAGGUGGACGCAGUGGUUACAAACUCCCAUCUAAAUUUCGAGGAGAAGUAUUAUCGCAUCCUGAUCUCGGCCAUAGAUGGAAAAGAUGGGUGCCAGUUUGUCCUUUCAUUGGAAAAAUCGCCGCACGUCGAGAAGAAGUUGAUACCACGAAGUGAAGAACCUCUGUUACGUCGAGAAGAAGGAAUUCCUGCCAUACCUCGUGAUCCGGUCCAUGACUCGCCAACAGUUGGCUCUAGGGAUAUUGCUCGGAUCAAAAAGGCGGUAUUCGACAGUAGUGAUGUGCCUGGUUUUAUCCUCAGCGUCGACGAGAAAUUUUAUCUCACCAACAAGAAAGCCAGAGAGGUGAUAGGGGAUGUCAUGGGAGAUGAUAAAGGCUGCACAGAUGGUCUGGCUCUACGAGAACUAUUGGAGAUUUGGGACGAAACCUUCACGAAACGACUGGAUCCUACAGAAUUUCCUGGACUGAAGCUGGUCAGAAACAAGCAGCCCUUCACUGACUACCGUUGUGGAUUUACGCAUGCUGUUACGGGAGAGAGGGUUUUCAUGAGCGUCAACGGAGAAUGUCUUUAUGAUGAUGACACUGGAGAAUUUAUGGGUGGUAUUUGUUGGUGUAAAGACUUACAAGAAUACUCGGACUUUUUAUGUGAGCAGCAACGACAACGGCUGGAGAGCCAUGAAACUACUUGCAAUCUGUUGCCACAUCUGGUCUGGACCACCACUAGGGAUGGAGAAUGCGAUUGGUUCUCGGAACGUUGGUAUCAGUUUACAGGUAUGACAAAGGAAGAGUCACUAGGCUCUGGCUUCCAAGAAGCCAUACAUCCGGACGACUUUCCCCUUCUCAUGGAGAAAUGGGAGCAUCACAGAGAAGCUGGAAACGAAUGUGAAGUUGAGAUUCGUUAUCGACGGCAUGACGGACUUUACAAAUGGAUGCUUGCUCGUGCAUGCCCCCUUAGAGACGAGCAAGGCAGGAUACUGAAGUGGUAUGGGACCAAUACUGACAUUCAUGACUUGGUCAUGGCACGAAACAAGGCUGCAAGAAACAAGCUGCAGAUGCUCACAGUUCUCGCCCAUGCGGAGGUCAACCUAUUCUCCAUCAACAAAGACAGAAUCGUCACGAUGGCUGAAGGUAGUAUGCGUUGGGACUCGGAGGCAGAAGAGUAUGAUGCUCGCCACAAAAUAAACUUUCUUGGAAAGGAUGCCAUCGAAGUCGCACAGCAUACUCAGCCCGGAGGCGUACCUGGAUAUGAACGAAUCAUCCUAGAUGUUCUAUCUGGGAAAGUUGGCGUUGCACAGUCGGAAGAUACUAUCAAUGGCAGAACAUUCCGGACUCGUGUUGCUGCUGAAUUGGAGCAUAACGCGGCGGAUGGCGGACAGAAACCAGAGGUAAUAGGUGUUCUAGGCUUGACUAUCGAUGUAACAGAUAUGAAAGCACGAGCAGCCCUUGAAGUGGACAAUACGAGACUGAUGAUGGAAGAACAAGCUGCGAAAGAUUCCAACAAGAUGAAGAGUCAAUUCCUGGCAAAUAUGUCACACGAAAUGAGAACUCCCACAGCUGGAGUCAUCGGCAUGGUGGAACUACUCGGUGAAGAUCCAACGUUGACUCCAGAACAACGAGAAUAUGUUAAUAGCAUUCAGUUAUCAGCUAAAGCAUUGCUCACAAUCGUCAAUGACAUCUUGGACUUUUCGAAGAUAGAGAGUGGACGCCUAGAUAUCGAAGAAGUUCCUUUCAACCUGUCAUCUGUUGUCGGCGAACUCUGCAAGCUUUUGGGAAUGUUCGCACAACAAAAAGGCCUCGACUUUAUCUACGAAGACAACAUGGAUGGAGACUUAGAAGUCUUAGGAGAUCCCGGCCGAACGAGACAAGUAUUGUCAAAUCUGUUGACCAACGCCUUGAAGUUCACAAAGGAAGGCAGUGUCAAAUUGGCUGUUACAUCAACAACCACCGAAACCAAUGGCGAUGAAAUCGUCGAAGCGCGAUUUCUUAUCGAGGAUACUGGCAUUGGCAUAGAGAAAGAUGUACUGGACAAAUUGUUUCAACCAUUCAGCCAAGGCGACUCUUCCACAGCACGACUCUAUGGUGGGACAGGAUUGGGCCUCACAAUAUCCAAGAACCUUGCAAGUCUCAUGAAUGGCUCUAUCGAGCUAGAAUCAACUCCAAAGCAAGGAAGCAAAGCCACUUUCAUCGUCCCUUUCAAAGUAUCAUCUUGGACACGUACCUCCGUACGCGAGACAUUCUCCACAUCGCCGAAUCUAGGAUUUCAUACCAGAUCCACUUGGAAACAGCCCCUCGCUCAUCGCUCAAUUAACCAAGACCUCCUCAACCAACAGAUCUCAGCCAGCGUAACAACGAGCUUCCCAUCUCUUUCGCAAUCUUCCUCAAGACACCCCUCACUAGACAAUACUUUCAAUCUCCAAAUCGGCUCAUUAACUCCAGAACAAAGGAGCAAAACUCACGUUCUCGUCGUUGAGGACAAUCCCAUAAACCAGACCAUUGCUAUCAAAAAUAUCCACAGACUCGGCUUCCCGGUAACAGCCGUCUGGAAUGGCCGCGAAGCUCUCUCCUACCUCCUGAACCCUUCACCAACACAACCUCGUCCUGCGGUUAUAUUGAUGGAUGUUCAGAUGCCUGUGAUGGAUGGGUAUGAAGCUACGAGAAUAUUAAGGACCAACAAAGACUACGCUGUUGCAAUCGAUACGGGCGUUGGUGCUAGCAGUGCGAAGAACGUAUUAAGUUUGAAGGAUAGAAUAGAGGAGAAGGAGCCAGAGGCAAAAAAAAUGGAAAUGCUGAGAGAUAUACCCGUCAUUGCGAUGACUGCUAGUGCUAUACAAGGCGAUCGUGAGAAGUGUCAUGAAGCUGGCAUGGACGACUACCUUGCGAAGCCGGUGGAGAGAGGAAGUUUGGAGCAGAUGCUUCUCAAGUGGGCUGGAAGGAAAAGAGACGGAUGAGAGUGGUGUGGACACUGUAAGAUUACAUCUGUAUGAUAUCUUGUACGAUUACCAUUCCUAUUUAGCGACAUGAUUUCUAUCGUCAUGAUGAGGAGUCUGCG